GAGUGGGGACGGUUGCAACAUGUGGCAGUUGCAACACUGAGGAUUCCUCCAAUCAGAAACGAGCUACAGUGAUGACACUCAUUUUGCACAUGCUCAGUGAGACCCUCUUUCUUCCUGCAACUUUUCAGCAAGAUUGGAGCAUCUGUUCUGGAAGAACCAGAAAUCAAGUAUGCCACGAAACAGAGAGCGAAAGACAGAUAGGGGUGUCCCUGUACAAGUGCUCCGUUUGGCGGCAGAGGUGAUCAGGAGUGAGGGCAGGUCAGCGAGGUCUGUGGCGAAGGAGUUUGAAAUCUGUCACACAACACUGUACCGAUUCUGCAAGAAAUUAGAGAGGGCAGGUCCAGGUGAAGAGAUCAGGACAGGAUACUGGACGCCAAGGAGGGUUUUUACAGCUGAACAGGAAGCUAUUUUGUCGAAUUACCUUAAGACAGCUGCAGAUAUGUUUUAUGGGCUGUGCACUAAAGAGGUUCGUCGUCUGGCUUAUCUGCUGGCUGUCAGGUAUGGAUGCCAAUACCCAGGGACAUGGGAUGAGCCAGGCCUGGCUGGCCGCGAUUGGUUGAUGGGCUUCCUACACCGCCAGCCAACCUUGUCAAUAAGGCGCCCCCAAGCCACCAGUCUUGCCCGUAAUAUACACUUCAAUAGGCACAAUGUGUCCUUGUUCUUCAAUAAUUUAGAUGAAGUCCUCCGAAAGAACAACUUCCAGGGAGAGGACAUAUGGAACAUGGAUGAGACUGGCAUUACCACUGUUCAGAGGCCAGAUCAGGUUGUCGCCGUGGCCCCUCAAGUUCCUGCCAGUCUGUCCUCCUCUUCAGUGGCCCCUCAAGUUCCUGCCAUUCUCCCCUCCACCUCAGUGGCCCCUCCAGUUCCUGCCAGUGUGUCCUCCUCUUCAGUGGCCCCUCAAGUUCCUGCCAGUCAGUCCUCCUCCUCAGUGGCCCCUCAAGUUCCUGCCAGUCAGUCCUCCUCCUCAGUGUCCCCUCCAGUGCAAGGUGGUCUCCCCUCAAAUUCUGGCCAGUACUUCGAUGUACACAUGUUUUCACCUGAGCUCAUCCGACCCCAUCCCAAAGCGACCCAACGCAAGGCAAAGGAAAACGGCAGGAGAAAACGAAAGUCAACAAUUCUGACAGAUACCCCUGAAAAGAAGGCGUUGGAGGAAGAAAACAAAACAAAGAAAGGAAAGAGAAGGCUGAGCCAGAGCACACUGCAGCCGCAGCCAAUUGGAAAUACUGAGGAAAUGAGAGGAAAGAAAAAGCAAAAGCAAAAGAGGAAAAACAUUGAAAGAGAUAGCCAUUCAGAGGAGGCCUUUUGCAUUGUUUGCUUGGAGAGCUACUCAAAGCCCAAGGAGGUGUGGCUACAAUGUCUAAUGUGUCAGAAGUGGGCUCAUGAAGCCUGCACUGAUGGCAGCUCAGUGUACGUUUGCCACAAUUGUGAGACCGAAAGUGAUUAAUUUUCUGAUGGUGUCUGAUGUUUUCCAAUGUCUAGUGUUAUGUUAUAUUGUUAUGUUAUGUUAUGUUGUUAUGCUAUGUUCAGUUAAUUCAAGACAAAAAAGUUCAUCCAGGCACUCUAUUUCUAUUUCUAUUAUCAAUUUGUUAACAACUAAAAUGUAAUUGACAGAAAAAAAAGUCUGUGAUUUUGUAUGGUUCUUAUGAUAGGCUAUAUUAUUGUUAUUAUACUAUUGCUUAUAUUAUUAUUAUUAUUAUAAUAAUGAUAAUUAUUAUUAUUAUUAUUAUACUAUUGCCUUUUCUUUUUGUUACUAAGAUAAUGAAAUAAAAAAGGAUAAAUGAU